AUGGAUCCCAUCAAGUAUAUCUUUGAAAAGCAUGCUCUUACAGGAAGGGUCUUCCGUUGGCAGAUGGUCCUAACAAAAUAUGAUAUCCAGUAUGUCACGCAGAAAGCUAUCAAAGGUAGUGUGCUCUCCUAUUACUUGGCACAUCAACCUGUAGAGGAUUAUCAACCCAUGAAAUUUGACUUCCCCGACGAAGAUAUCUUGUUCAUCAGAGAAUUCAAUGUUCCUGGCCCUGAGGAAGGCCCCGAACCAGGAUCGCAAUGGACGCUCGUGUUCGACGGUGCUUCCAAUGCGCAUGGCCAUGGAAUAGGUGCAAUAAUCACUUCUCCAAUAGGAUUUCAUCUUCCCUUUAUCGCGAGAUUAUGCUUUGACUGCCCCAGCAAUAUGGUAGAAUAUGAGGCAUGCAUCUUCAGUAUUGAAGCAGUAAUUGACUUAAGGAUCAAAAUAAUUGAGGUUUAUAGAGAUUCAACUCUCGUCAUCAGCCUAGUAUGGGGAUAUUGGGAGACCCGUGACCACAAGUUGAUUCCUUAUAAAGAGCAUGUCAUGAAAUUGAUUCCCUGUUUUGAUGAAAUCACUUUUCAUCAUAUCCCGAGGGAGAAGAAUCAAUUAGCAGAUGCUCUUGAUACCUUGUCAUCCAUGUUUAAGGUCAAGUGGAGGAAUCAAGCUCCUUCUAUCAACAUUCAACACCUGGAUGAACCUGCGUACUGUCUGGAAAUUGAGGAGGAAUCAGAUGGCAAGCCUUGGUUCUACGACAUUAAGAGGUAUGUUAAGAAGCAAGGAUAUCCAGAGAAUGUAUCCAUUAAAGAUAAGAAAGCCUUGAGGGAGCUAGAAUCCCAUUUCUUUGUAAGUGGGGGAGUACUUUAUAAGCGGAGUUAUGAUUCGGUCUUGCUCAGAUGCAUGGAUAGACACGAAGCAGAGUGGAUUAUAAUAGACGUGCAUAAAGGUUCCUUUGGGACACACGUUGGAGGUGAUUCAAUGUUUAAAAAUAUCCUUAGAGCAGGGUAUUAUUGGUUGACCAUAGAAGUGGAUUAUUUUCGUCAUGUGCAGACUUGUCACAAGUGUCAGAUCUAUGUUGACAGAAUACAUGUGCCUCAGGUGCCAUUGAACGUUAUUUCAUCUCCAUGGCCUUUUGCAAUGUGGGGCAUUAAUGUGAUCAGACGCAUUGAACCAACUACUUCGAAUGGAUAUCGGUUUAUUUUGGUAGCCAUAUACUAUUUCACCAAAUGGGUGGAAGUUGCGUCGUAUGCUAAUGUAACAAAAUAA